CUAGAGUCAUAUUCUUCUAUCACCGGUCUACAGAGAAACUACCUAACUUUCAUAAUCGUUCAUCAGGUGUUUCAAUGACCGGUAACUAAGUCUUAGUAACCACCUCCUAAUUAUGGCAAGACUCAAGUUGGGCAUUUUACAAGAAUUCCAGGAGAGGCAUUUAGUAUCUCGCCGUGAUUUCAAACCUGUUAGCGUAAAGGUUAUCGAAGUAGAAAACUUCGAGGCCGAGAGACCUACUAUUCGCUCCUGUGUUGUCGACCCGGGAGAUUUUGAGGGUUGGUUGGAUCAAAUAACUACUGCAGAUAAUCAUAGCCACCAGAGGCCCAAAUUUCGCAUCAUUCUUGGGUAUGUUGGAAAGGGGGCGAAAUAUGAAUAUCUGAUGCCUAGCAACGAAUCUACUACUGGAGACAUAUCUAGUGAAUCGAUGACUGCUUUGCCUUUAUCGAAGGAUGAUUGUCAACUUGUAUGCAAGAAACUUACAUUGCCUGAUAUAACGUCUUUAUUACCGUCCCGAGGGGCUUCCCCUUUAGUGGGUCAUUUUCAACUUGUACAGCUUCCGUCUGCAGAUGGCAAUCCAAUAUACGGCUUGAUCUUGAAUGCAUUUACUAGCUUGCUGGUUGGCACUAAAGUUGGCGUUUCGAUGUCAUACUGUCCUUCGACAGGUAUUACGAAUGCUGUGAUGAUGAGAAGCGGUCCUCGGGAUGGAUUCACCUGGCUGGAGCAAGACUUAGAACAAUUGGCUUCCUUAGCUGAUAACCCUUUCCUUAUCCCUACCCUGGUUAGCCAGCACCUUACCGAAGCAUUUUGUUCUGCCAUAGACCGUAACUUCGACAGGUUACACGAAGCAGAGCUUGGAAGUGGUCAGACUGGUAUCACGAUGAUUGGUGAGAACGGGAUGCCAAUGCCGCGGGGUAAUUGUGAAGAUCCCAAUCUCUCAGUUACGGUCCUCGGAGUGGCCCAACAUGUGCUUGCCGUUGAAGCUUAUAUCAGAGGUCAACUAUUGACUGUAGAUAUGAUCAAGAAUGAAUUGUUGACAUUUCCAUGGCAACAAUCACCCCCCGUAAACCACGACCGUCUGAAAGAGCAAAAUGAGCUUCUUGUCAAACAACUCGAUUUUAUUAGUCGAACACUCGAUAUCGCCCUUAUUCGCAUUAAUCAUCUGAAGCAGCGAACAACUGUGCAGGCAACUGCUAUCGCCAAUUUACUAGCUCAGCGUAAUAAUGAGACGAAUUAUAGACUAGCCGAGUCUAGCACAAGCAUAGCUCACGAUACUAGGCGAGAUAGCUUAGCCAUGAAGUCUAUUGCGAUUCUCACUAUGAUCUUUCUCCCGGCGACGUUUACCGCUACAUAUUUCACUACCCCUGCUAUUGCAGCAUUAGAACCCUCGCAAAGCCUGUACUGGGUUGUCACGGUACCCUUGACCCUAAUCGUCAUGACGUUAUGGAUUUUCUCAUUGUAUAUCCUAACUAAGGAUAAAUCUUCGUCCUUUCAUAAAGGCAACUUGGUGUAACGUUAAGAAGUGUUAAACAAUGGUCUUUAUAUUCAUCCAAAUAGGACUCGUCAAGGGAAUAUUUCAUCGAGGGUUCAACUACUUCUCAUUUAUCUACCUCUUUUCUUACUUAUAUUAUAGCAAGUCUACGAUGUUGACCUUCUUACUGAGUAUAUGGGUGCUGUUUCUUCAGUGCUACAAGGCUAAGUGCAGCAAAGAAACAAAGUCGAGACCAUAUAAAAGCCAGUUUGUUUUAGUUCAUUAUGUUGCUGUUAAGUUAAGAAACCAAGUUGCUGCGACUCUUUUUGCAAAGCGGCGACUGAGCUUAUUGUUCUCCUUGCUUUAUAAUACUAUAAAGGGAUUGUUCAUUACAUAGCUCUUUCAGACGCCAAAUUCAAUAAGAUAGCAGCGUAACAUGAGAUGUUCCACUGCUCUGUACUCCAACAAGUGUGC